AUGCGCGAGAUUGUGCACCUUCAGACGGGCCAGUGCGGCAACCAGAUCGGUACCAAGUUCUGGGAGACUAUCACCGAGGAGCACGGCAUCGACGGACAGGGCGUCUACCGCGGCGACAACGACCUUCAGCUCGAACGACUGGACGUUUAUUUCAACGAGGCUUCCGACCGCAAGUAUGUCCCGCGCGCCGUGCUCGUCGAUCUCGAGCCGGGAACGAUGGAUGUGAUCCGUGCUGGUCCUUUGGGUGGCCUCUUCCGCCCGGACAACAUGGUUUCGGCGCAGAACGGUGCGGGCAACAACUGGGCGAAAGGUCACUACACGGAGGGUGCCGAGCUCGUCGACUCGGUUCUCGACGUCGUGCGCAAGGAGGCCGAGGGCUGCGAUUGCCUUCAGGGCUUCCAGCUCACGCACUCGCUCGGAGGAGGCACGGGAUCGGGAAUGGGAACGCUCCUCAUCUCCAAGAUCCGCGAGGAGUACCCCGACCGUAUGAUGGCGACGUUCUCGGUCGUCCCGUCGCCCAAGGUCUCCGACACGGUCACCGAGCCUUACAACGCGACGCUCUCGGUGCACCAGCUCGUCGAGAAUUCGGACGAGACGUUCUGCAUUGACAACGAGGCCCUUUACGACAUCUGCUUCCGCACGCUCAAGCUCACCUCGCCUACGCACGGAGACCUCAACCAACUCGUCUCGGUCGUCAUGAGCGGCAUCACGACCUGCCUCCGUUUCCCCGGCCAGCUCAACUCGGACUUGCGCAAGCUCGCCGUCAACAUGGUCCCCUUCCCGCGUCUCCACUUCUUCAUGGUCGGCUUCGCUCCCCUCACUGCCAAGGGCUCGCAGUCGUUCCGCGCCGUCUCGGUCCCCGAGCUCACGCAGCAAAUGUUCGACGCCAAGAAUAUGAUGGCCGCAAGCGAUCCGCGCCACGGUCGCUACCUCACCGUCGCUGCGUUCUACCGCGGCAAGGUCUCGAUGCGCGAGGUCGACGACAGCAUGCUCCAGGUGCAGACAAAGAACGCCGACCACUUUGUCGAGUGGAUCCCCAACAACAUCCAGACCGCGCACUGCGACAUCCCGCCCAAGGGCCUCAAGAUGUCGGUCACCUUCAUCGGCAACUCGACCUCGAUCCAGGAGCUCUUCUCUCGCGUCCACACCCAGUUCUCGGCAAUGUUCCGUCGCCGCGCCUUCCUUCACUGGUACACCGGCGAGGGUAUGGACGAGAUGGAGUUCACCGAAGCCGAGUCGAACAUGCAGGACCUCGUUGCGGAGUACCAGCAGUACGAGAGCCAAGGCGCGGACGACGAAUACGAGGGCGAGUACGAGGAGAACGGCGGCGAGGAGUACGCCCAGGAGUAA